GAAGAGGCGUAACGUGCGGGUGACUGGAGAAGGUCUCACGAGAGUGAAAGCAAGUGUCGCGAUUUUUUUUUCGCCUAGCGACUGACAACAAGCUGGUUGCUCAAAGUAGAAUCCGUCAAGUGGACUGGCCUGAGAUUGGAGUGAGACCCCAGCCCUAGGCUGGGGUUCUUCCCAUUUAGAGGAGACGGAUUCAGAGGGGUUACAGACCAAGAUUGUUGAAAACCAGACAUAUGAUGAGCGUCUAGAGAUUAAUGACUCUGAAGAGGUUGCAAGUAUUAAUACUCCAACCCCAAAACACCAAGGUCCUAAGUGAGGGCAUGCCACAGGCUCCAGGCCACAGAGGCAAAGACAUGGACCCCGUCCCAACUGCCCCUGCAAGUCCCAAGCGCCACCAGAACCCUUCUCAUGGACUUGAGAGGGUAGGAUGGUACAUAGAGAGCCAGAAGCUCAGAAAGGAGAAGAAGAAGACCUCACAGCUGACACCUCAACAAGGCUUUAGUGAAAAUGAUGAUGAUGACGAUGAUGAUGACUCAUCUGAAACUGACUCUGAUGAUGAUGAUGAUGAAGAGCAUGGAGCCCCUCUGGAAGGGGCCUAUGACCCUGCAGAUUAUGAGCAUUUGCCAGUUUCUGCGGAGAUUAAGGAACUCUUUCAGUACAUCAGUAGGUAUACACCUCAGUUGAUUGACCUGGACCACAAACUGAAACCUUUCAUUCCUGAUUUUAUCCCAGCUGUCGGAGAUAUUGAUGCAUUCUUAAAGGUCCCACGUCCUGAUGGAAAGCCUGACAACCUUGGCCUGUUGGUAUUGGAUGAACCUUCUACAAAACAGUCAGACCCUACAGUGCUCUCUCUCUGGUUAACAGAGAAUUCCAAGCAGCACAAUGUCACACAACAUAUGAAAGUAAAGAGCCUGGAAGAUGCAGAAAAGAAUCCCAAAGCCAUUGACACAUGGAUUGAGAGCAUCUCUGAGUUACACCGUUCUAAGCCCCCUGCAACUGUGCACUACACCAGACCCAUGCCCGACAUUGACACGCUGAUGGAGGAAUGGUCCCCAGAGUUUGAAGAGCUUUUGGGCAAGGUGAGCCUGCCCACAGCAGAGAUUGAUUGCAGCCUGACAGAAUACAUUGACAUGAUCUGUGCCAUCUUAGACAUCCCUGUCUACAAGAGUCGGAUUCAGUCCCUUCACCUGCUCUUUUCCGUCUACUCAGAAUUCAAGAACUCACAGCAUUUUAAAGUUCUCGCUGAAGGCAAGAAAGCAUUUACCCCUCCAUCCAACUCCGCUUCCCAAGCUGGAGACGCAGAGACAUUGACCUUCAGCUGAGACACCUCCCGAGGCUCUCUGUUUCAGGGCUGAGUGGGCUCCUCUACCCCAGCUGAGACGGAGAGAUUGUUGUCAGGCACCUGGCAUCCUUGCCCAUGCCACAGCUUGGCUCAGGGGCUGUGUGUGUCCUGCAUCCUUUCUGCCAGAGAGCUCUCCACAUGUUUGUUAAACAGCUCUGCCUGUCUCAGACUGCCUUCCCAGGGGAGUUAUGCAUCUACACCACUGUGGAGAUUUGAGUUAAAAGAAUUGGGAUUUCUGAGAUGCUCCGGCUCAGGUUGGGAGGAAAGCUUAAAAGAUGUUCUUUUAGGGAUAGGGAUGGAAUUAUUUUCUUUCUUACAGUUAGUUGGCAUAGAUUUUACAAAUAAAAUGCUCUAUCUGUCAGGUUAUCCUGCUGUUCUGUAGUAUGAAAGGGAAAAGGCUGACUGACAUAAGGCAGAGACAAGGAACUUGGCCUAGUAAUGGGCAUUAAGUCAAAAGCAGUUUUAGCAAACCAGCUUUGUGAAAUAAAAUUAAAACCCAAUCCUUUAAGAUUGGCAGGAGAGAGGAAUCAUUUUUCUCCCAGAAUUUAAUUUUUCUAGGUAUCUCUUCCCAGUAAAUGCUGCCUUCCUUAUGGGCAACCUGCCUGUCUUCCUCCAGACCUUCCUGGUUGUGGUCUCAGGGGGCCUAGCUAUUGCAGUAAUCCAGGUGAGACAGGAAUUGUGGAUUGGAUUAGGGUGGUAGUUGUGGUAGUAGUAGAGAUAGGUGGAUUCAGGAAAUAUUUUGGAGUUCUAUCAGCUAAGCUUCAGUCAGGAAAUCUGAAACUAUGCUAAUUGUUUCUAACAAAGAGUGUUUAAUGUAGGAAAUUGGUUACCAAAGUGUUGGAAAGGAGCAGAAGGGAGAAUGGAGGGGACUGAAGGAACAUAAAGGUCAAAAAGGAGUGUUGUCCCUUGCAGGUGCUGCCAGCAAAAGAGGUGCUGCUGUGGCCAGGUGGUGCAUGGCUGAGGAGGUGCCACACUCAGGCCCUCGCUCCCACCGCAGUCCCACUACGGUGACUGAGUUGUGGCUGCUGCUUCCUUUCUCCACCUUCUCAUCUCCUGCCAGUGCCUCCCACUGGCAGAAGUUAACAGCUGGCCAGGGAAUCUGGAAAAUGCAGCAGUACAAAGCAGAGUCUAGAAGGGAGGGUGUGGGGCUGAGAGAUAAUAUAAUAAUAGAGGUAGAACCAGCAGAACUUGGUGAUAGAGGGAAUGUGGGGGAUGGAAGGAAAGAAAUCAAGAGUGAUUCCCAGGAUUUUUUGGCUUGAGCAACUGAAUGGAUAAAGGGGGCAAGUACUGAUGGGUGGGGAUGUGGGACAAAAAUUGAUUGGCGGGGAAGAUUACAUUUAAGUGCUACACCGCCAGCCUUAUAUGUACACAGUAAACACAUCGGACAGGAAAGGAAUUAUUUCUUAAAACCAACUAUGAUCACAUCACUCUUGAGUUUGAGGAGCAGUCACUUUUGAGCUCAGGCCUUACUUUGAUAUAUCAGGUCCAGGUGCUCUGCUCUCAAAUGGGCACCGUUAAUGCUCACAUUUGACUCAGGGAAUGAAGGGAGGCAAAAUUUAAUAGGAGCUCAAGUGCUUUAUUACGUUUUCAGGAACCAAUCAGAUUGCCUUCUUGGCUAGAGCUGAGACUCAGCACUAAUAAAUGUGGUCGAUUCUCUUUAUUCACGGUACUUAAUUCUAUAAAGUCACCGCAAACACUGAGUUAGCAGAUACUGAACCAUUGCUCCUAGAGGAAAUACAGGGUUAGAUUCCUGUGUGCCUCUGGUCGUAACAUUUUGUCCACCGACCCCUAAUCCACUGAACUUACAGCCAACAGCACCAUAAACCAUGCCCAAACAAAGCUUAUCUAAUACAUUUUCUCCGUAAGGUACAUCACAACCUUCUUACACAUGGGAACAUGAGAUAGUACUUCAGCAUUACACUUGGAGGCCAUUUAAAAUAGUAAAAUCACAAGAAAAAUGUAAAAAAAUGUGGCACUAUAUAGACUGCAAAAAAGAUGCUUGUUUACACCAUGAGAGUUGAAACAAAAAGGCAGAGCAUCACGUUCAGCCUCAGCUGGGAAUGGGCAUCAGGCAACUCAAAGUUUUUGCUUCUCUGAGCAUGUCCGAAAAUGACCUUGAAAACACCACAGGUAGUGAUUUUGGGAUUACAAAUAAAUUUUUGCAAGUAGGUGGACUCAGAAUCUAAACAAUAACGAUCAGCAGUACUUCUUAAAUUCCUGGUUGAUGUGUGGGCCUUUCAGCUCCUCUCGCCCCAGCACGUCCACCCUGGCUCUCCAGAGAUCGUGUUCAGGCACUGUUCUCAUCAGGGCUCCUGUCUCCUCUUCACCAGUCUCGAGUUAUUCCCUUUUGGCUACUUACUCCUGUGGCCCUAGCAAAAGUCAGUUAACCUAUGCCUUAGACGAUCCAGCUGUAAAACAGUUAUAAUGAACACCAACUUACCUCUUAGAAUACUCUCUCCCUAUCCCAAGAUCCUCGUUUUCCUUAAUACCUAGAUGUGAACUGCAAAGCCAAUCUGCUUGCUGUGCUGUACACGUGGAUCAUGAAUUUUGUUUCUUUUUUUAGAGGUGCUUGCUCUCACCCACCAGCAAUACAACCCGCCAAACAGGAUAAUUUGGUAACUGAUCACUCUCCCCUCACUUCUUUUUUAAAAAUUUAUAUUAAUAUUUUUAUUUUUAUUUUUGUGGCUGUCUGAACCUGUGACCUUGAGGUUAUAAGUCUGCAUUCUAACAAACUGAGCUAACCGGCCAGCCAAGUCAUGAGUUCUAACUAAACUUUUAUGUAGGCUGGAGGUGUCCCUCACCUUCUCUGCUGAUCCUAGGCUCGUGACACCUCCAAAUAAACAAAAAUGGACACAAGUAUUUACAUCUUCACUCCCUUCUCUAAUCUUACUAAAAUGAUUAUAGGAAUAAAAAAACAAAAGGCAAAAAACAGUAAGGACAGAUAAUAGGAAAGAAAAUGCUGAUAGACUAGAUAGCAACAUAAUUUUGGAAGAUGGACAAGUGGUAAUUGAUUUAGCAGCGGGGAGGAAAAAACCCUGGAAUCUGCCUAUGGAGGAGAGGGCCUGAGAGCCAGUAAGAAGUAAGCUAUUUGACUUUGCAGAAAUUCUGGAAAGGAUCAGGAAUAGAAAGUGUCAGAUGUUUCUGAUGGCAAGUUUGCAGGGUGGGGCUGAAAACAGGAGGAUUGAUUGAAGGUUUGUAUAAGUAGGUCCCCAGAACCUUCCCACCUGUGCCACCCACCUCCUUACCCCAACAGAAGAUGGGCACCUUUGAACCAAGGAGACUAUGAAGACUAUGAAUGUGAGAAUUCCAAGUGACUAUAAAGGUAGAAGGGGCCAUAUUUAAAAUAAGAGAAUUAAAUAAAGGAAUGAGCAUGAUAUCCUCAGCCUUCUUCCUGACUUAUACCUCCAAAGCAAAAUAUUGGAGGAAACCAGGAAACUGAUCAGGCAAGGAGAAGAGAUCUACAGAUUCUGACAAUUAGGGUUCUUUAAGCAAAUGUUUAUGUCCUUCCUUACACAUCAACUUCCAAUCAGUUUUUGUUGUCUCAUUUCUGUGUAUGUGUACACACAGCAACAACCAGACAUAAGGAGACAGAAGACAACACAAACCAACUAGAUCUAAUAGAAUACUCUAUCCAACAACAACAGCAUACACAUUCUUCUUGAGUACACAUGGAAUAUUGUCCAGGAUAGACCAUGUUAGGCCACAAAUUGUCUCAAUAGAUUUAAAAAGAUAGAUAUACAAAGUAUUUUCUCUGACCACAAUGGGAUGAAGUUAGUAGUAAUAACAAGAAAAACUGGAAAAUACACAAAUUUGUAGAAAUUAAGCAAUAUACUCUUAAACCAACAGUGGGUCAAAGAAGAAAUCACAAGAGAAAUUAGAAAAUACUUACAGACAAAUGAAAAAACACAACAUACCAAAACUUACGGAAUGCAGCAAAAGCAGUGCUCAGAGGUUAUAGCUAUAAAUGUUUAUAUUAAAAAAGGAGAAAGAUCUAAAAUAAAGUUUACAACUUCAGGAACUAGAAAAAGAACCAAGUAAACCCAAAUCUAGCCGAAGGAAGGAAAUAAAGACAAAGCAGAAAUAAAUAAAAUAAGAGAAUAGAAAAACAAUUUAAAAGUAAAAUGAAAAGUUGACUCCGAAUAGAUUAACAAAAUUGAAAAACCUUUAGCUAGAAUAUCUAACAAAAAAAGAAGACAAAUAACUAAAAUCUGAAAUGAAAGUGGGGGCAUUACUACUGAUUCUAUAGAAAUAAAAAGGAUGAGAGAUGAUGGAGUUUGGAUGUGUUGUCCCCUCCAAAACUCAGGUGGAAAUUUGAUCUCCACUGUGGCAGAGUUGAAAACUAAUUGAGUCAUGGGGGCAGAUCCCUCAUGAAUGUAUUAAUGCUCUUCCUGGGGGAGGGGGGUAGUGAGUGAGUUCUCAUGCUAUUAGUUCCCGCGAGACCUGAUUGUUUAAAGGACCCUGGCACCUCCUCUCUCUCUCUUGCUUCCUCUCUUGCUUCCUCUCGCCAUGUGAUCUGUUUGUACCCGCCGGCUGCCUGCCACUUUCUGCCAUGAGUAGAAGCAGCCUGAGGCCCAUGCCAGAUGCAGCUGUCCCAGAAACAUAAGCCAAAUAAACCUCUCUUCUUUAUAAAUUA